UUUUCUUUUCCAUUUUCUUUCUUCUUUUUCAUUUUAUUUAUUUCAACUAAAGCUAGAAUAGUUGCUGUUAUGUUUCGUUUACCGAGAAUUGUUAAUACUCAUACGUUAAAGGCAUGUAUUCGUCAACCAUCAUACUCUGUUAAGAACUUUCAAGUUAAACAGUAUUCUAUUAUGCAAAAUGUUCGAAAAGAGAUGUUUGCUAUGCCUAAAAAAUCUAUAUCUGAGACUAAGCCUAUGGGUAUAGCGAAAAUCAUUACAUUAGCUGCAUUCAGUACAACAACAACUCCUUUGCUCUUUCAAAAGCCUGUACAAUGUCAAGCUGCUACUUUUGUUAACACUCAACAAGAUUAUAAUAUCAAAGAAAACGAUAAAAUAGCUACUGGAUAUAAGAACACUUCUCUGAUUCAUAAAGGUGAACUUACCUUUGGGACUUUUCUUGGUAUUUGUACUGGUUUUUUAAUUAAAAAAGUUGGAAAGAUUUUUGCAGCAUUUGUGGGAACCGGUUUUGUAUUUUUACAGUAUUUAUCUCAACAAGGUUACGUUACUAUUCAUUGGGAUCGUUUAGAAGGUGGAUAUACAAACGCGUUAGAUUUAGACAAGAAUGGUAAAGUAACUAGACGGGAUCUUCAAUCAAGAUGGCAAAAGCUUAUAAAUUUCUUGACAAAUAAUAUACAAUUUAAAUCUUCUUUCUUGGUUGGAUUUUAUGCUGGUAUUCGUUACGGUUAAAAUGUCUGUUUCAUUCAAAAUAGUGACUGGUGCUUAAUCAAAUAAAUUGUGGCACUGAUUAAGAAAAUAUGAAAAUAUAUAAAUGUGUUCUUUUUUUGGA